GGGGGGGGGGGGGGGGGGGGGGGGGGGGGGGGGGGGGGGGGGGGGGGGGGGGGGGGGGGGGGGGGGGGGGGGGGGGGGGGGGGGGGGGGGGGGGGGGGGGGGGGGGGGGGGGGGGGGGGGGGGGGGGGGGGGGGGGGGGGGGGGGGGGGGGGGGGGGGGGGGGGGGGGGGGGGGGGGGGGGGGGGGGGGGGGGGGGGGGGGGGGGGGGGGGGGGGGGGGGGGGGGGGGGGGGGGGGGGGGGGGGGGGGGGGGGGGGGGGGGGGGGGGGGGGGGGGGGGGGGGGGGGGGGGGGGGGGGGGGGGGGGGGGGGGGGGGGGGGGGGGGGGGGGGGGGGGGGGGGGGGGGGGGGGGGGGGGGGGGGGGGGGGGGGGGGGGGGGGGGGGGGGGGGGGGGGGGGGGGGGGGGGGGGGGGGGGGGGGGGGGGGGGGGGGGGGGGGGGGGGGGGGGGGGGGGGGGGGGGGGGGGGGGGGGGGGGGGGGGGGGGGGGGGGGGGGGGGGGGGGGGGGUGGGGGGGGGGGGGGGGGGGGGGGGGGGGGGGGGGGGGGGGGGGGGGGGGGGGGGGGGGGGGGGGGGGGGGGGGGGGGGGGGGGGGGGGGGGGGGGGGGGGGGGGGGGGGGGGGGGGGGGGGGGGGGGGGGGGGGGGGGGGGGGGGGGGGGGGGGGUGGGGGGGGGGGGGGGGGGGGGGGGGGGGGGGGGGGGGGGGGGGGGGGGGGGGGGGGGGGGGGGGGGGGGGGGGGGGGGGGGGGGGGGGGGGGGGGGGGGGGGGGGGGGGGGGGGGGGGGGGGGGGGGGGGGGGGGGGGGGGGGGGGGGGGGGGGGGGGGGGGGGGGGGGGGGGGGGGGGGGGGGGGGGGGGGGGGGGGGGGGGGGGGGGGGGGGGGGGGGGGGGUGGGGGGGGGGGGGGGGGGGGGGGGGGGGGGGGGGGGGGGGGGGGGGGGGGGGGGGGGGGGGGGGGGGGGGGGGGGGGGGGGGGGGGGGGGGGGGGGGGGGGGGGGGGGGGGGGGGGGGGGGGGGGGGGGGGGGGGGGGGGGGGGGGGGGGGGGGGGGGGGGGGGGGGGGGGGGGGGGGGGGGGGGGGGGGGGGGGGGGGGGGGGGGGGGGGGGGGGGGGGGGGGGGGGGGGGGGGGGGGGGGGGGGGGGGGGGGGGGGGGGGGGGGGGGGGGGGGGGGGGGGGGGGGGGGGGGGGGGGGGGGGGGGGGGGGGGGGGGGGGGGGGGGGGGGGGGGGGGGGGGGGGGGGGUGGGGGGGGGGGGGGGGGGGGGGGGGGGGGGGGGGGGGGGGGGGGGGGGGGGGGGGGGGGGGGGGGGGGGGGGGGGGGGGGGGGGGGGGGGGGGGGGGGGGGGGGGGGGGGGGGGGGGGGGGGGGGGGGGGGGGGGGGGGGGGGGGGGGGGGGGGGGGGGGGGGGGGGGGGGGGGGGGGGGGGGGGGGGGGGGGGGGGGGGGGGGGGGGGGGGGGGGGGGGGGGGGGGGGGGGGGGGGGGGGGGGGGGGGGGGGGGGGGGGGGGGGGGGGGGGGGGGGGGGGGGGGGGGGGGGGGGGGGGGGGGGGGGGGGGGGGGGGGGGGGGGGGGGGGGGGGGGGGGGGGGGGGGGUGGGGGGGGGGGGGGGGGGGGGGGGGGGGGGGGGGGGGGGGGGGGGGGGGGGGGGGGGGGGGGGGGGGGGGGGGGGGGGGGGGGGGGGGGGGGGGGGGGGGGGGGGGGGGGGGGGGGGGGGGGGGGGGGGGGGGGGGGGGGGGGGGGGGGGGGGGGGGGGGGGGGGGGGGGGGGGGGGGGGGGGGGGGGGGGGGGGGGGGGGGGGGGGGGGGGGGGGGGGGGGGGGGGGGGGGGGGGGGGGGGGGGGGGGGGGGGGGGGGGGGGGGGGGGGGGGGGGGGGGGGGGGGGGGGGGGGGGGGGGGGGGGGGGGGGGGGGGGGGGGGGGGGGGGGGGGGGGGGGGGGGGGGGGGGGGGGGGGGGGGGGGGGGGGGGGGGGGGGGGGGGGGGGGGGGGGGGGGGGGGGGGGGGGGGGGGGGGGGGGGGGGGGGGGGGGGGGGGGGGGGGGGGGGGGGGGGGGGGGGGGGGGGGGGGGGGGGGGGGGGGGGGGGGGGGGGGGGGGGGGGGGGGGGGGGGGGGGGGGGGGGGGGGGGGGGGGGGGGGGGGGGGGGGGGGGGGGGGGGGGGGGGGGGGGGGGGGGGGGGGGGGGGGGGGGGGGGGGGGGGGGGGGGGGGGGGGGGGGGGGGGGGGGGGGGGGGGGGGGGGGGGGGGGGGGGGGGGGGGGGGGGGGGGGGGGGGGGGGGGGGGGGGGGGGGGGGGGGGGGGGGGGGGGGGGGGGGGGGGGGGGGGGGGGGGGGGGGGGGGGGGGGGGGGGGGGGGGGGGGGGGGGGGGGGGGGUGGGGGGGGGGGGGGGGGGGGGGGGGGGGGGGGGGGGGGGGGGGGGGGGGGGGGGGGGGGGGGGGGGGGGGGGGGGGGGGGGGGGGGGGGGGGGGGGGGGGGGGGGGGGGGGGGGGGGGGGGGGGGGGGGGGGGGGGGGGGGGGGGGGGGGGGGGGGGGGGGGGGGGGGGGGGGGGGGGGGGGGGGGGGGGGGGGGGGGGGGGGGGGGGGGGGGGGGGGGGGGGGGGGGGGGGGGGGGGGGGGGGGGGGGGGGGGGGGGGGGGGGGGGGGGGGGGGGGGGGGGGGGGGGGGGGGGGGGGGGGGGUGGGGGGGGGGGGGGGGGGGGGGGGGGGGGGGGGGGGGGGGGGGGGGGGGGGGGGGGGGGGGGGGGGGGGGGGGGGGGGGGGGGGGGGGGGGGGGGGGGGGGGGGGGGGGGGGGGGGGGGGGGGGGGGGGGGGGGGGGGGGGGGGGGGGGGGGGGGGGGGGGGGGGGGGGGGGGGGGGGGGGGGGGGGGGGGGGGGGGGGGGGGGGGGGGGGGGGGGGGGGGGGGGUGGGGGGGGGGGGGGGGGGGGGGGGGGGGGGGGGGGGGGGGGGGGGGGGGGGGGGGGGGGGGGGGGGGGGGGGGGGGGGGGGGGGGGGGGGGGGGGGGGGGGGGGGGGGGGGUGGGGGGGGGGGGGGGGGGGGGGGGGGGGGGGGGGGGGGGGGGGGGGGGGGGGGGGGGGGGGGGGGGGGGGGGGGGGGGGGGGGGGGGGGGGGGGGGGGGGGGGGGGGGGGGGGGGGGGGGGGGGGGGGGGGGGGGGGGGGGGGGGGGGGGGGGGGGGGGGGGGGGGGGGGGGGGGGGGGGGGGGGGGGGGGGGGGGGGGGGGGGGGGGGGGGGGGGGGGGGGGGGGGGGGGGGGGGGGGGGGGGGGGGGGGGGGGGGGGGGGGGGGGGGGGGGGGGGGGGGGGGGGGGGGGGGGGGGGUGGGGGGUGGGGGGGGGGGGGGGGGGGGGGGGGGGGGGGGGGGGGGGGGGGGGGGGGGGGGGGGGGGGGGGGGGGGGGGGGGGGGGGGGGGGGGGGGGGGGGGGUGGGGGGGGGGGGGUGGGGGUGGGGGGGGGGGGGGGGGGGGGGGGGGGGGGGGGGUGGGGGGGGGGGUGGGGGGGGGGGGUGGGGGGGGGGGGGGGGGGGGGUGGGGGGGGGGGGGGGGGGGGGGGGGGGGGGGGGGGGGGGGGGGGGGGGGGGGGGGGGGGGGGGGGGGGGGGGGGGGGGGGGGGGGGGGGGGGGGGGGGGGGGGUGGGGGGGGGGGGGGGGGGGGGGGGGGGGGGGGGGGGGGGGGGGGGGGGGGGGGGGGGGGGGGGGGGGGGGGGGGGGGGGGGGGGGGGGGGGGGGGGGGGGGGGGGGGGGGGGGGGGGGGGGGGGGGGGGGGGGGGGGGGGGGGGGGGGGGGGGGGGGGGGGGGGGGGGGGGGGGGGGGGGGGGGGGGGGGGGGGGGGGGGGGGGGGGGGGGGGGGGGGGGGGGGGGGGGGGGGGGGGGGGGGGGGGGGGGGGGGGGGGGGGGGGGGGGGGGGGGGGGGGGGGGGGGGGGGGUGGGGGGGGGGGGGGGGGGGGGGGGGGGGGGGGGGGGGGGGGGGGGGGGGGGGGGGGGGGGGGGGGGGGGGGGGGGGGGGGGGGGGGGGGGGGGGGGGGGUGGGGGGGGGGGGGGGGGGGGGGGGGGGGGGGGGGGGGGGGGGGGGGGGGGGGGGGGGGGGGGGGGGGGGGGGGGGGGGGGGGGGGGGGGGGGGGUGGGGGGGGGGGGGGGGGGGGGGGGGGGGGGGGGGGGGGGGGGGGGGGGGGGGGGGGGGGGGGGGGGGGGGGGGGGGGGGGGGGGGGGGGGGGGGGGGGGGGGGGGGGGGGGGGGGGGGGGGGGGGGGGGGGGGGGGGGGGGGGGGGGGGGGGGGGGGGGGGGGGGGGGGGGUGGGGGUGGGGGGGGGGGGGGGGGGGGGGGGGGGGGGGGGGGGGGGGGGGGGGGGGGGGGGGGGGGGGGGGGGGGGGGGGGGGGGGGGGGGGGGGGGGGGGGGGGGGGGGGGGGGGGGGGGGGGGGGGGGGGGGGGGGGGGGGGGGGGGGGGGGGGGGGGGGGGGGGUGGGGGGGGGGGGGGGGGGGGGGGGGGGGGGGGGGGGGGGGGGGGGGGGGGGGGGGGGGGGGGGGGGGGGGGGGGGGGGGGGGGGGGGGGGGGGGGGGGGGGGGGGGGGGGGGGGGGGGGGGGGGGGGGGGGGGGGGGGGGGGGGGGGGGGGGGGGGGGGGGGGGGGGGGGGGGGGGGGGGGGGGGGGGGGGGGGGGGGGGGGGGGGGGGGGGGGGGGGGGGGGGGGGGGGGGGGGGGGGGGGGGGGGGGGGGGGGGGGGGGGGGGGGGGGGGGGGGGGGGGGGGGGGGGGGGGGGGGGGGGGGGGGGGGGGGGGGGGGGGGGGGGGGGGGGGGGGGGGGGGGGGGGGGGGGGGGGGUGGGGGGGUGUGGGGGGGGGGGGGGGGGGGGGGGGGGGGGGGGGGGGGGGGGGGGGGGGGGGGGGGGGGGGGUGGGGGGGGGGGGGGGGGGGGGGGGGGGGGGGGGGGGGGGGGGGGGGGGGGGGGGGGGGGGGGGGGGGGGGGAGGGGGGGGGGGGGGGGGGGGGGGGGGGGGGGGGGGGGGGGGGGGGGGGGGGGGGGGGGGGGGGGGGGGGGGGGGGGGGGGGGGGGGAGGGGGGGGGGGGGGGGGGGGGGGGGGGGGGGGGGGGGGGGGGGGGGGGGGGGGGGGGGGGGGGGGGGGGGGGGGGGGGGGUGGGGGGGGGGGGGGGGGGGGGGGGGGGGGGGGGGGGGUGGGGGGGGGGGGGGGGGGGGGGGGGGGGGGGGGGGGGGGGGGGGGGGGGGGGGGGGGGGGGGGGGGGGGGGGGGGGGGGGGGGGGGGGGGGGGGGGGGGGGGGGGGGGGGGGGGGGGGGGGGGGGGGGGGGGGGGGGGGGGGGGGGGGGGGGGGGGGGGGGGGGGGGGGGGGGGGGGGGGGGGGGGGGGGGGGGGGGGGGGGGGGGGGGGGGGGGGGGGGGGGGGGGGGGGGGGGGGGGGGGGGGGGGGGGGGGGGGGGGGGGGGGGGGGGGGGGGGGGGGGGGGGGGGGGGGGGGGGGGGGGGGGGGGGGGGGGGGGGGGGGGGGGGGGGGGGGGGGGGGGGGGGGGGGGGGGGGGGGGGGGGGGGGGGGGGGGGGGGGGGGGGGGGGGGGGGGGGGGGGGGGGGGGGGGGGGGGGGGGGGGGGGGGGGGGGGGGGGGGGGGGGGGGGGGGGGGGGGGGGGGGGGGGGGGGGGGGGGUGGGGGGGGGGGGGGGGGGGGGGGGGGGUGGGUGAAAUAACGCCGAAGUCAUAA